UGGAAUCUUAGAAAUGCCCCGGAAGAGGAAGUGUGAGGUGGUAGGUUUUUUUUCUAAAGGAGAAUGGUAACUUCGUAAGCUCCGUGUAGUGGUGACGUGACAUUCUUUCUGGUUAUGUUGGGGGAGACUGGAGGGAGAGGUAGUUGUUAUCGGUGCUGGGCCUGACAUAACGGCUUCGUGAGGGUUUCCUUAACACCCCAUUGUAGCUGUCGUGUGGCUGUCGCAGCGGGGCCUGCUGAGGCCACCGCCGCUGCUUCAGAGGCAAAAAAGCUUCUCGAUCACAUUUGAGCUGUCUUUGAAGUUGCCAAAAUGGUUUUAGCAGAUCUUGGGAGAAAAAUAACUUCAGCAUUGCGCUCACUGAGCAAUGCUACAAUUAUCAAUGAAGAGGUUUUAAAUGCUAUGUUAAAAGAAGUAUGUACAGCAUUAUUAGAAGCUGAUGUGAACAUUAAGUUAGUGAAGCAACUGAGAGAAAAUGUCAAAUCUGCUAUUGAUCUUGAAGAAAUGGCUUCUGGCCUCAAUAAAAGGAAAAUGAUCCAGCAUGCUGUCUUUAAAGAACUUGUUAAGCUCGUAGAUCCUGGAGUCAAAGCCUGGACACCAACAAAAGGAAAACAGAACAUCAUAAUGUUUGUAGGACUGCAAGGAAGUGGCAAAACAACAUCAUGUUCAAAGUUGGCAUACUAUUACCAGAGGAAAGGCUGGAAGACAUGUUUGAUAUGUGCGGAUACAUACAGAGCGGGUGCUUUUGACCAGUUAAAACAGAAUGCAACGAAAGCAAGGAUUCCAUUUUAUGGGAGUUACACAGAGAUGGAUCCUGUGAUUAUUGCAUCGGAAGGUGUCGAAAAAUUUAAGAAUGAAAACUUUGAAAUAAUAAUUGUUGAUACAAGUGGUCGUCACAAGCAGGAAGACUCUCUGUUUGAAGAAAUGUUACAAGUUGCCAAUGCAAUACAACCAGAUAAUAUUGUUUAUGUGAUGGAUGCCUCUAUUGGUCAAGCCUGUGAAGCUCAAGCAAAGGCUUUCAAAGAUAAAGUUGAUGUUGCUUCUGUGAUUGUGACAAAACUUGAUGGCCAUGCAAAGGGAGGUGGGGCACUCAGUGCAGUGGCUGCCACUAAAAGUCCAAUAAUUUUUAUUGGUACUGGAGAACACAUAGAUGACUUUGAACCCUUUAAAACGCAGCCUUUCAUCAGCAAGCUUCUUGGUAUGGGAGAUAUUGAAGGACUUAUAGAUAAAGUAAAUGAAUUGAAAUUAGAUGACAACGAAGCACUCAUAGAGAAACUAAAACAUGGUCAAUUUACAUUGAGAGAUAUGUAUGAACAGUUUCAAAACAUCAUGAAAAUGGGACCCUUUAGUCAAAUCUUGGGUAUGAUCCCGGGUUUUGGAACAGAUUUUAUGAGUAAAGGCAAUGAACAGGAAUCAAUGGCAAGGCUAAAGAAACUGAUGACAAUAAUGGACAGUAUGAAUGAUCAAGAACUUGAUAGUACAGAUGGGGCCAAAGUUUUCAGUAAACAACCAGGAAGAAUCCAAAGAGUGGCAAGAGGUUCUGGUGUUUCAACUAGAGAUGUUCAAGAACUCCUGACACAGUACACAAAAUUUGCACAAAUGGUGAAAAAGAUGGGAGGCAUCAAAGGACUCUUCAAAGGAGGUGAUAUGUCAAAGAAUGUAAAUCCAUCCCAGAUGGCAAAACUGAACCAACAGAUGGCAAAGAUGAUGGAUCCAAGAGUUCUUCAUCAUAUGGUGUGUGACUUCCUUGGUGAAAAAAUUGCUUCUGUUUUGGGAAUCAGCACGCCAAAGUACCAGUAUGCCAUAGAUGAAUACUACAGAAUGAAGAAGGAGGAAGAGGAGGAGGAAGAAGAGAAUAAGAUGUCAGAAGAAGCAGAAAGGAGGUUUCAAGAGCAGCAGAAUCAGAGUCAAGAAGGGACUGCUGUCCAGACAGCUCAGCCAGAGGCUACAACCUGUAAUACUUUUGUGAAUCUCAACUUUGAAACAGAAGAUUGUCUGCCUGUUGUGGAAAGUAAACAAGAUACUACUCCACUGUCUGCUUAGAAUGAAGCAUUGCAGAAGAAUUCCCUGGGUGACAUCCAGUGGUGUCUGUCACUGGAAUGGACUUCUACUCAUGCAGAGGGGGUUCUCUUCCCUCUCUUCUCUUCUGCAGGCCUCUCUAGCUCUGAAAUCUGAUCUGGAGGGUCACCAGACCUCUCAGAGCACAUCCUGGUGGGUGAGGAGAAGAGGCAGAAGUCCUGUUGCUUGAGUGGAAGUCUGCUUGUGCAGUGUUGGGUAUUAUUUCAUAUUUCUUAAUUGUCAAAUGUUUGUAGGCCCUGUUAUGCAUGUUCAGUGGAAUGUAACUUAUUUAAGAGUAUGGUCAGAGAUAUUAAUGUCUCUUCAGCCAACAUCUGUCUAAUAAAGGCUAAGACACUUUGCUUAACCUAUUAGAUAUGAAAUGCAAAUAGCUGGUCCUACAUGUGACCUAUCUAUGCAGAACAAGUAAAAUGUCUUUCCUGAACAUCUGGUGCCUUGUUGACAGUUGUGGACUGAUCACUGUGGUUCUUUAAGGUCAGUUUUGUGUUUAUAAUGUUACUUAUUGAAACCUAGGUGAACAUUUUAGACUAACAGGAACUAAUUCACAAGGCAUCUUUGUGACUUAGUUUAAUUUAUUGUCACGGUUGCAUGUGUAUGUGUGUCCAGUCAUACAAUUUAAAGUGAGGGGGCUUUGUUUAAUGUCAAAAAAAGCAAUUUAUAAAAACUUCUCUGAAAACUCUGUUUAACCAAGGACUGUCAUGGAGCCCCUAAAGCAUGUUCUCAUUGUUUGGAGGAAGAGGUCUAAUAUACAGAGUCAGUUGACAAUGUAAUCUCUGACUUUACCAUGUGUGCUAUUUUAAAUACAAAAAUAAAGUUCUGCCACUGAAACACUUGCUGCCCUGCGCUCCUUCUGAGAUAUAAAUGUAAUAUAAUUAAUUAAUUAAGGAAUUCCAUUAUUCAAAUGGCUUGACAAUUAAUCUGUCUAAUCUGGCCAGAGGAUGGUAUGCUGAUAAAUCUAUUGAUGGGUCUAAACAUUUCCAUGUUGUAAAACACCACCACCACAAUGUGAUCUUCAUUCUCCAACAGUGAGGUAUGCUGAAUUAAUUACUAUUUUAAUACCCUUGUAGCACUUUUUCAUGCAGAGUUAGACACUGUUUCAGUGGUAGAGCUUGAUUUUAGUAUUUAAAAUGUUCAAAAACAAGUUUGAGAACUGCCUACGGUAGCAAGGGUGGGUUUUCUAGUGAGAAAUAAUCUUUUCUGCACCUGACCAAUGACCACUGAGAAUCUACUCUAAUUUGGAUAAUGAACUUUUUUGUGAGGACAAUCCAUACUAAUUCUCACAAAACAUCUGCAACACAAAAGUUUGCAGAUAUAGGACUGGAUCCAAAUGUGUGUGGGUAUGUGGCACAAAAAGAUGCAUUCAGAAAGCAGAACUACCCCUUUCCUUUUUGGCUGUCAUUACACACUUUCAUAGCUUCUUCUUAAAAGCUUGUACAUCUGAAGAAACUGUGCAAUAUAAAUCCAUGUAAGUAUGGAAAUAGGAAAGGAAAACUAUCACAGCACUAGCCAGAAAGACUGCAGAGAGCCCCCUCAUAGAAUGUGUACUUGCCUUCAUUAUCCCUUAUCAGGCAUGUGUGAAGGAGGAAGAGUUUUAGUCUCGCUUGGCAUGCUAUUCUUUAUGGGAAGCUUUUUUAAAAAUUUGAGAAUGUUAUGUUUAACUAAAGGGCAUCAGAACUUUGUUCUUCUAAAAAUCUUAAAGGAUACAUCCACUUUGGAUUAGAAUCAUCCUAAAUCCAACUGCAACUUGUAAACUAUGUGAAGCAUAGAUAUUAAAUCUUUGUACAGGGCAUCACAGUAAAUACUAAGCUACUACUAUAAAACUUCUGCUAGCCAAAAAUGUUCUUGCUUUAAAUAAUGGGAAGGGCUUAUUGUCAUGAGGUUCUUCUAGUCAUUGUGCCUUACCUUUACUAUUUCUUGCAGUAUAUGCAAAUGGUAUGAAAGUGGGUACUUUUUCUUGUAAAUGUAUUAAAUUUUAUAUUUAAUAUAAUCAUAAA